AUGACUGAAAAAAAAUUCAAAGGAGCCCCAUUUGGAACACAAUCAACAAGGUUUGAUGUGUCUGGUGUCUACCCUACCUUGAAAAAGAUAGGAACCUACACAGAGAUUCCAUACUGCAAGACAAGGACCAGUGAACUGGAGAGAAAUCUGGGACCAGGCAGGUACAAUGUGGACACCAGUGACUUCAGCACGAGAGUCUUACAGGAGCAGACAAAAGGACCAGGCUGGAAGAGGGCACAGGAGGUUGCAUGGCUGGCACAGCUGCCCCAUAUUCUGUAUAAAGAUACUUGGGAGCACAAGCGCUUCCUGAAAACCAAAGUCGGGCCUGGAAGCUACAAGAGCUAUGACUUCAUUGAGCUCCUGGAGAAGAAGCCACAAAGCGUGAGAGGGGUGUGCAACAGCAGAGAGGAGAGAUUCAAACACCUCUAUUCACAGGUUGUGAUGUACAAUCUGUGGCUCCAUUGGUAUGAUGUAAAAUUUAGCAUAGCUGCCGAUGCAUUUCAGGAGUGGACUCCAGGCCCUGGGAGUUAUGGGAAAGGGGGUGUUCCUUCAGCCCUGCUGGACGAAAAGAGGACACAGUCAACAGGAACUUGUCCCACAAUGGAUUUUACCCCAAGGGUAGAGCGAUUUCCAUGGACCAAAGUGAUAUUUCUCAGCAAAGGAACUCUGCAAAUGUGUGUGUGUGUAUAUAUGCAGGACUGUGGUUUAGGUCCGGGCACCUACAACCUGAAGAGCUCAACUGACCUACUCCUCAGUCGCUGUGUUAGUAAAAAGGGGCCCUACGAAAUGUUCACAGGCCGCCGUGACAAAUCCAUCUCCAGUGGACACUCUGUUGCACCGAAAAGACUGAGUUUGGACUCUUGGGAGAAGACCAAGCAUUUCAGUUCAUUUGUAGAGGACCUGGAGAGACCGGAGAAGAGGAAGCAGGGGCUCUUCAGCAAGAUGCAGCAGUAUCCUGUGUGUCCAACAGAAAGGAUCUAUCACAGUACCCUGGCCCAGUGCCCGCGUCCAGCGACCUCCCCUGGCCCUGGGUGGUACAAUGUUUCCUCCUUAUCUGGAGUGGUGAACCAGGACCCGCCACCCUUCCUCUCCUCUGAGCCUCGUUUCAGCGAGAGGACAGAGAAACUGAAGGACAGCAACCACAAUCAAUGCACGGUGGGUCCAGGAUCUUACAAUACUUCUGACAAAGCCCAGAGCACAACUUUGCACAGUUACCAUUCUGCUUUCAACUCCCGCACCCAGAGAUACCUACACAGCCUACAGAGAGACAAGUACAACCAGGAGAGGCUGCGACCAAGUAACAUUCCCGCAGACACAAAAUCUUACCUUGAGUCCCCAAAUACACCUAUCAACUGA